AUGGGAUUGGGAUUGCUAGCCCCAGAAUCCCCAAUCCCAGUAGUCCCAACCCCAGCUCCCCCAGCCCCAAACACAGCUCCUCCAACCCCAAACCCUCCUGCCCCAGCCAGUGCAGCCCCAGCUCCUCCAGCCCCAGCCCCAGAUCCUGCAGCCCCAUCUCCUCCAGCCCCAGAAUCCCCAAUCCCAGUAGUCCCAACCCCAGCUCCUCCAACCCCAAACCCUCCUGCCCCAGCCAGUGCAGGCACAGCUCCUCCAGCCCCAGCUCCUGCAGCGCCAACCCCAUCUCCUCCUACCCCAAACCCAGCUCCUCCAGCCCCAACCCCAGCUCACCCUGCUCCAGCUCCUCCAGCCCCAAACCCAGCUCCUCCAAACCCAGCUCCUCCAAACCCAGCUCCUCCAAACCCAGCUCCUCCAAACCCAGCUCCUCCAAACCCAGCUCCUCCAAACCCAGCUCCUCCAAACCCAGCUCCUCCAAACCCAGCUCCUCCAAACCCAGCUCCUCCAAACCCAGCUCCUCCAAACCCAGCUCCUCCAAACCCAGCUCCUCCAAACCCAGCUCCUCCAGCCCCAGUUCCCCCAGCCCCAGUUCCCCCAGCCCCAGUCCCUCCAGCCCUAGUCCCUCCAGCCCCAGCCCCAGCCCCAGCUCCUCCUGCCCCAGCCCCAGUUCCUCCAGCCCCAGCUCCUGAAGCCACAGCUCCUCCAGCACCAGACCCAACCCCAACUCACCCUGCUCCAGCUCCUCCAGCCACAAACCCAGCUCCUCCAGCCCCAACCCCAGCUCACCCUGCUCCAGCUCCUCCAGCCACAAACCCAGCUCCAGCCCCUCCUGCCCCAGCCCCUCCUGCUCCAGCCCCUCCAGCCCCAGCUCCUCCAGCACCAGCCCCAACCCCAGCUCACCCUGCUCCAGCUCCUCCAGCCACAAACCCAGCUCCUCCAGCCCCAAACCCAGCUCCUCCAAACCCAGCUCCUCCAGCCCCAGCCCCAGUUCCUCCAGCACCAGCCCCAGCCCCAAACCCAGCCCCAGCCCCUCCUGCCCCACGACCUCCAGCCCCAGCUCCUCCAGCCCCAAACAAAGCUCCUCCAGCCCCAGCCCCUCCUGCCCCAGGCCCUCCAGCCCCACCCCAAGCUCCUCCAGCCCCGUUCCCAGUAGCUGCAGAACAAAAACAGAACAGAAAUAGCUGGAAAAACUCAGCAGUUAUGGCACUUUAG